UAUAAAGAAAGUGCUAGAGGGAGGGAGGAUCUACAGCACACUGAAAGAAGACCCGCAACAUACAGACAGCUCUCCAUCUUACUCCUGGUUUUGUCUUGAUAUCAGUAUCAAAUGAUACUGAUGAGGAAAGUUUUUUCCUAAUCUGUUUUCCUUCCUUUGUUAAAACUUUCAUGACUUGGACUUACAGUUAAAACUCCAUGAACUGGAUGUUACCCUUUUGUCUUUGACAUCAAAGGAAAAGACGCUGUUUCACAACAGUAUAGUGCAUUGUUUUUACAGUGGUGUGUGUGAAAGAUGUGGGGCUGUAUAACAGAUUUCUUCACUUACGAGACGACAAAGUCUGUGGUGGUGAAGAGCUGGACCAUCGGCAUCAUCAACCGGGUUGUUCAGCUGCUCAUAAUCUCUUACUUUGUUGGUUGGGUGUUUUUGUAUGAGAAGGCCUAUCAAGAGAGAGACACUGCUAUCGAAUCAUCGGUGAUGACUAAAGUGAAAGGAUUUGGAGAGCACCACAAUAAAACCAUGGAUGUUGCUGACUUUGUCACACCUUCACAGGGGGCCUCAGUGUUCUGCAUCAUUACUAAACUCAUCACCACAGAGAACCAGGUGCAGGGCUUGUGUCCUGAGAGUGAGGGAAAAUUUAAAUGUGAACAUGAUGACAACUGCACAAAAUUAAUGACAAAGCCAGGCUCAAAUGGUUUGUUGACAGGAAAGUGUGUGAGCUAUGGUUCUAUGAAAACAUGUCAGAUCAGAGGAUGGUGUCCUGCAGAGAUAGAUGAUGUCCCAAUAACACCCAUGAUGGAGGUUGAGAACUUCACCAUAUUUAUCAAAAACAGCAUUCGCUUUCCCCGCUUCAACUUCACAAAAGGAAACUUCUUACCCAACAUCAACAGCAGUUAUAUAAAGAAGUGCAAUUUUGACUUUGAACAAAACAGUUACUGCCCGAUAUUCAGAGUGGGAGACGUGAUCCGGUUUAGCCAUCAGAACUUCACUACCCUGGCUAAUAAAGGUGGUGUAAUAGGCAUAAAGAUAGCCUGGGUGUGUGAUCUGGAUAAAUCAGAGGACGACUGUAAGCCUGCUUACUCCUUUACCCGUCUUGAUGCCAUGUCUGAGAAAACCAGUGUAUCACCAGGGUACAACUUUAGGUUCGCAAAGUACUUUAAGAUGGAGAAUGGGACGGAGUACCGCACUCUGCUGAAGGCAGUCGCGAUCCGAUUUGAUGUGAUGGUCAACGGAAACGCAGGGAAAUUUAAUAUGAUCCCAACUCUAAUCAAUAUGGUGGCUGCCUUCACUUCUGUGGGUGUGGGGGCUGUCCUUUGUGAUAUAAUUCUUCUGAAUUUCCUGAAAGGAGCUGAUGAGUACAAGGCAAGGAAAUUUGAAGAGGUGUCAGAUAAACAAAUUGAAAAAUCACCCUCCUACAUCAGCGGCGUGUACCGAACCAGAGAUCUCAGCGAGCUGUCAGUCAGACCUGAAGACAAGUUCUCUAAUGACUCAGGGGCUUUUUCCAUCGGCCAGUAUGGUUAACAACGUCUUCAGAACUACUUUAGUACCACUUAAAUACCCCGUACAAUUUCACUUGUAGCUUUAUAUAAAUAUGCACUGUAAAUAGCUGCAAGGUAUCACAUUCUAGUACUGAUUUUAAUAUACAAGGUGUCCUAAUAGUAAUCAAGCACAGAUUUCACAUUCAAAAAGAAAAAACGUUAAUAACGGACACUAACAAUCGACGAUUUACUAUAUAUGCCUAUUCAUUAAAGCUAUGCAACAACAUACAGUAUAUGCAGUUGUGGCAUGACCAAUGACUGUUAAACAAAUCAAAAUCAUCUUAUAUUUUAGAUUCUUUGUAGUAGCCUUGAUUGUCCUGACGACAAAUUUCAAGUAUACGGUUAAAUCAAAAACAUUUCUGAUCAUGAAAAACAUAAUUAAUCAGGUUGAUGCAAAAUUCUGACUGGUACAGUUUGUGUAGAAUAUCAUGUCUGGACAGAAAACAAAAAAGAAGCUUGCCUUUUCAAAAAUGCCAUAAAUCUCGCUCAUAUUUUCUGUGAAUACUUCUCAGUAAAGAUCCUGCUUGUUUGAAUAAUUGCCAGUACUAGCUUUUUUCCAUACUGUAGUUACUGUAUAACCAUUAACUAAACCUGAAAGUAAAAUAACCUUUAUAAGGUUACUACUACUACUUUUACUGAGUAAUAAUAACCUUUAAAAAAGCUAUUCAUAUUUGACAUGAUAAUAAUAAUAACAAUAAAUUAGUAAGGAAUAAAACACAACAAGGCAUGAUGAUAUAGAAAUAUAACCAACGAUGGUUUGGUGUGAUGUUGAUGAUUUUCCAAUAACGGCAGGUCUUGAAGUGUUUUAUUCCUUUUAUAUCACAGCAAUUUACCAACACUAACAUUUUUCAAUUAGAGAAUGACAUGUUGUACUUUUUAUCCAUUCAUAGUUAUGUUUAAUGUUGUGGAACAUCCAUAUGAAAAGUUAGUUCCUGCUAUCACUUACAUUAAUGAAGCUAGAAACAGUCACUCCCUCACCACUCUCUCUGAAGUUGGAGUCCUAGCUUUACCUCUGACUAAAGACUGCCACUGGAGACUACUUCCAAAAAUACCACAUAAACAUUUAAAGAAUUACACACAUUUUUAAAUCCAUUUACAGGGAUUGACCAAUUUACAAGUCCCUGUGUAGGUUGAUACUAUAGAAACAAUAGCUGCUGCUAUAGAAAAUUAAUCAACGCCUUCUGACUAAUCAGAAUUGAAAAUUCAACAAUGCUAUGGAAUAAUAAAUAAUAAAUAACAAUACUGAAAUUGUUGUGACUGCUGAUUGUUUUGGUAAUAUUACUUUUGGGACACCCUGUAUUUAAAUGCUUCAGUGUCAGAUGUAAUAUCUGCAUGGUCAUUUUCAGGCCUAUAGCAAUAGAAGACCAAAGUAACUUAAAGCAUAAAGUAGCACUGUGAGUAGAAGUACAUUUGAAUAUCCACAAUUAUACAAGUAGUACCACUAUUUAACAAUAUAGGUUUUUAAGAUCAUCAUAUUAAAACAAUCUUAAGUAAU